AUGCUGUUCCCUUCAUUCGCCAUUUUCGCGGCGGCGAGCAGUCUGCUGUCAUUUGCGACAGCGCACAACAUCCAGAUGAAGGCCCAUCAGCGCGAAUGCUUCCACGAGCAACUGCACAAAGGCGACAAGAUGACAGUCACGUUCCAAGUCGGUGACCGGGAAUUUGGCGGCAGCGGGAAUCUGGAAAUUGAUUUUUGGAUUGAAACUCCCUCUCGCAGCUACCAAGUCCACGAGCGCGGCGUAGCCAACGGUGACCAUUCUUUCGAUGCGACCGAGGAUGGAAAGUACACGUACUGCUUUAACAACGAACACUGGGGCGCCAACACCAAAGAGGUCUCAUUCAACGUGCACGGUAUUGUCUACGUCCCCGAGUCAGAAGCCCCGCAAGAUCCUUUGGAGAAAGAAGUGCGGUCCAUGUCGGAGCUCGUAGCGCAGGUCAAGGAUGAGGAGAUGUACAUGAGCACUCGUGAGCGAGUACACCGAAACACUGCCGAGAGCACCAAUUCGCGCGUCAAAUGGUGGAGUAUUUUCCAGCUCAUCGUACUGGCAGCCCAGGGUUUCUUCCAGGUGUGGUGGUUGAAGCGAUUCUUUGAGGUCAAGCGCGUUGUAUAA